UGCUAUAUAUACAACCAACCUCAAAGCAACAAGAAAUACAAAACCAGACGCCAUCAAAACGUUCCUGGUUAGCCACACCUGAUUAAUUUCUUACACCCACUCAUCCCUCACAAGCAUUCCAUCUCUGAGGGCAGAGAGCCCGGAGAAACUAAUGGCCGAGUCGGCCAUUGGCUCCGUGCUUGGCAACGUGAGCACCCUGGCAGUCCAGGAGACCACAUUCCUGUGCGGCGUCAACCUUGAAGUGGGAUUCUUGAAGGAUGAGCUGCAGCGGCUAAAGAGCUACCUUAAAUCCGCCGACGCCAAAAGGAGAUCAGGAGAUGAGCUUGUGGCUACCUGGGUCAGCCAGAUCAGGGAUGCGGCAUACGAGGCCGAGAAUGCCAUUGAAGCGGCCGACUACAUGGAGAAGAGAAACAGGCUCAAGAAGGGCUUCAUGGGUGCCAUCUCGAGGUAUGCUCGCUUGCCAAGUGACCUGAUUACCCUUCACACAAUUGGUGCUGAAAUACAGCGUGUAAAAAGGAAGAUCAAUGAGAUAUUUGAUAGUGCAAACCGUUUGAAAAUCAAUUUGGACACUAGUGAUGUAGAAAAGGUUCAUAUUGAGGAUGAGUAUCCACAAGAUUAUGGUACUAUGCACCAAAACUUUGAAGAUAUUAACCUUGUUGGUUUUGGGGAUGAGUACAAAGAAAUAGUUGGCAAGUUAGUUGACAAAAAAGAGAACAUAACUCUUAGUGUUGUCUCCAUAGUUGCCAUGGGUGGUGCGGGAAAAACAACACUCGCUAGAAAAGUAUACACUUCAUCUAGUGUCAAACAACACUUUGAGGCAACUUCUUGGGUCACUGUAUCUCAAAAAUUCAAGGGCAUUGAUUUACUAAAGGAUAUUAUGAAACAAAUAAUGGGGAGCAGAGAUGAGUCAAUUGCUAAGAUGAAUGAGUAUGAGGUGGGAAAGGAGAUCCAUGAUUUUCUAUUGCAAAAAAGAUACUUGGUAGUUCUUGAUGAUGUGUGGGAAACCGACACAUGGGACCAGAUAAAUAAAAGGGUUAAAGCUUUUCCAGAUGCAACUAAUGGUAGUAGAGUACUAUUAACCACCCGGAAGGAAGAUGUUGCAAAUCAUGUCCAAAUGCCAACCUAUGUUCAUCAUUUGAAGAAGUUAGAUGAAGUGAAAAGUUGGGAACUAUUUAGUUGCAAAGCUUUACCAUCAUACAAAAGGUCUGUCAUACGUGAUGUGGACGAGUUUGAAAAACUUGGGAGAAAGCUUGCAAAGAAAUGUGACGGAUUGCCACUUGCACUUGCAAUUUUGGGGGGUUAUCUAUCAAAAAAUCUGAAUGCACAAAUAUGGUACGAUAUACUCUCUGAUUGGCCAUCAACGAAGAAUGGACAGAUGAUGCGAGACAUACUGGCUCGCAGUUACAAGGACCUGCCAAAUCAUUAUUUCAGAGCUUGUUUUCUCUAUCUUGCUGCUUUUCCCGAGGACUACAUAAUAUCUGUGUCGUGUCUCAUUGAAUUAUGGAUAGCAGAAAGCUUGGUUCCACAUACACAAAAGCACAUACUAGAAGAAACAGCACGGAAUUAUGUAACCGAGUUGGCUCAGAGAAGCUUGGUGCAGGUCCUUAACAGAAGUAGGGCACAUGGAUGGAUUGAGAGAAUAAGAAUUCAUGAUAUCUUACAUGACUGGUGCACGGAAGAAGCAAGACAAGAUGGUUUUCUUAAUGCCAUCGAGAAAACUGCAGGCCAAGCUACUGCAUCAUCGUCGUCCGAUAACUUGAUAUCCUAUCGUUUGAGUUUUCAAACUUUGAUUGAUCAGACUUUACCUGCAACGCCUAAUGUCCGAAGUCUGCUUGGCUUUAAACUUGAAUCAGUGUCCCUUCCUAAGCUGAGAUUCCUGAGAGUUCUUUGCAUUGAAAAAUCAACACUACAAGAUUUCUCCAGCGUAAUUGGUGGGUGCAUUCACCUAAGAUUGCUUAGGUUGACAGGUUGUGACAGUGUGACGCUCCCUUCUUCAAUAGGCAAACUCCUUUACUUGCAGACUAUAGAUAUCAGAAACACAAUUUUGUUGUCACUAGUACCAAACUCUCUCUGGGAUAUCCCUACUCUAAGGCAUGUUUACCUUGACAGUGAGAUAAAAUGUUCUCCAACAGCACCUGCAAGGAGUGUGCGAUUGCAGCCGAAAGAGCUACAGAGCUUUGUGUUGGAUCUUGCUCCUGUUGGCGCUGAUUUCCGCUUUCAUGACUUGAUGAUUUUCUUGGGCCAGAUGAAUCAACUAACAACCUUCUCCUUGUCGAUGUACAACAAUAUACCAGCGGAGGUGGUCAACAUAUUUGACAACAUGCCUCACCUGGUUGAUAUUAGCCUCUACAAAUUUGAUGUGCUCCAUAUGCUGCAUGCUGGGUUCCCACAAAGCAUACGUCGUCUUCAUCUACAUGCUAAUGUCAUAAAGCAAGACCCGAUGCCGAUCCUGGAGAAGCUCCCCUGUCUUGUGGAGUUGUUGUUGAGUGGGUACAAAGGCCAGACCAUGUGCUGCUCUUCCCAAGGGUUCCCUCGGCUGCAAGAGUUAGCACUUGAUAGAUUUUCCACCGAGGUGUGGAGGAUGGAGGAAGCCACAAUGCCAAAGCUCUUCCACCUGUCACUUUGGCGGUGCUUCAAGAUGAGCGAGCUCCCCGUGGGGUUGCUGCACCUUCCAUCCCUCGGUCACCUGCAGUUGUGCUAUAUGCCCCAGAUUUCUGAAGAUGACAUCACACGAAAGGAGCUGCAGCAGAAAGGAUGCGAGGUGGAAACUAGGGGGUGAUUGCAGAUCUGUGGGACGCCAGGAAUUCAUCUUCAUUCUCGUCUAAAAUCUGGCGCCCUCCUCGCUCCCCACACCACAAUCCUCAAUUGUCCCCUUCCAGAUUCAUUCUCGAACCCAUCUCCCUCCUCGCAAUCCUCAUGAUACCCCACUUUCCUUCUCCUCCCUCCCUUGAAGGACACCAUAGGCGAUUGACAUGACAGCCUCUCUCCUCCAAUGGCCCCUCGCUCCUCCUGCUUCUCCUUCUAGAAUCUAAAUCUUCUCUCUUGUACAUGGCCGACGGCAUGGCAGGAGGAGCUUCAUCCCCGGUGCCCAGGUCGCUCCACCACACGUCAGGAGACGGUCAUCAAUCGAUAAAUUUGUAUAUGUAAUGAUCAAUUUGUACUAUUUUAUAACAAACAAAAAGACUGUUCUGUUAGCGGACU